AUGCUGCCCCAUGCUGCAGUGGUACCUAAAUUCCCCCUCUCUUUAGUUUCAGAAUGGCUGCGGUUGUUGCCUUUCCUGGGUGUGCUGGCCUUGCUGGGUUACCUCGCCGUUCGUCCGUUCCUCCCCAAGAAGAAGCAGCAAAAGGACAGCUUGAUUAACCUCAAGAUCCAGAAGGAAAACCCAAAAGUAGUGAAUGAAAUAAACAUUGAGGAUCUGUGCCUCACUAAAGCUUACUGCAGGUGUUGGCGUUCCAAGACGUUCCCUGUCUGUGAUGGCUCCCACAACAAGCACAAUGAAUUAACAGGAGAUAAUGUAGGUCCACUAAUACUUAAGAAGAAAGAAGUAUAGCAGAUGCCUUAUCCACUAGAUCGUGACUGAUAAAAAGUUUUUAUACCGUUGUAGUUGCAAGGGACGGCAUUUUAUUAUGUGGUUGGUGUGAUUUAGCCUAAUUGCUGUAGAUUUCUUUUUGGAGUAAACUACAUUUAGACAGUGCUAAAUCUGUCACUGUUUUGAUACUUUAUUCUGGGAAGGAUUAUGUCUGCUUUGUAAAACUGUAAAGUAACUAUCUCUGUAAAUAAGUAGUUUAUUUCAACAAUAAAAUGACUUCUUACAAUUAA